AUGAUCCCAAAGUGGUCGAACAGAAAGAGCAGGCGCAGCCUGCAUGUUUACCGUUGAGCUAUGUAUUGCGUUUCAUAUCGGAAGAUGCACGUAAAGAGAGCCCAUUUUUAUCCGCCAACAGUACGGGCGUUGAACUUAAGCGGAAGUUGGCGAUCAAACAUCACAGUUACAGUAUGUCGUCGUCAAAUCGCAGCAAUACGCCCACUGGCAGUGAAAUGGACGAUGAUGAAAUGGUUGUCUCAGAGUCGGAGGACAGCAAUGAUUCUUGGACAACUGAGGAGUUCAGUUCCGAGUUCAUAAUGCGUUACGGGAGCAGGCAUUCCGGAACCGGCAGCAAUGGGACACCGGGCAAUGAGAAGCCGUUUGCGUGUCCUGUGCCUGGUUGUAAAAAGCGUUACAAGAAUGUCAAUGGCAUCAAAUAUCACUCGAAGAACGGCCACAAAAAGGACGGAAAAGUUCGCAAAGGCUACAAAUGUCACUGCGGCAAGAGCUACAAAACUGCUCAAGGCCUGAAGAACCACGCUUUGGUGGCACACAACUCCUCGCCUGAGAGCGUUUUGAGCACACAACAUACGGCUAAUAUGACUGCUAACAACAAUGGGACCAACGUUAAUGUGGGCUCAGGCAUUAUUUUGCAACGCAGCAGUUCGCCCUCGCAGUCAUUGGGUUCCCUCAGUCCAUCCAGCAUCAGCAACAUGUCAAGCAGUGCCAGUAGCUGUCAUGGCAGUGCUACCAGCAACACUCAUAACGGCAACAGUAACUCUGCUGGCAACAAUAAUGUUGGUAACAACAACACAACCGGCGCCGUCACCAACAAUGUGUUGCAGCAGUUGGCUAAUAAUACACUUGGCAACGGAAGUCCCAAUGUGGUUGCCACCACAAACGGGGUUGGACUUAGCUUGCAUCAUCACCAACACCAUGCACAGCAGCAGCAGCAACAUCAGUUUAGCAAUCAGCAGCAGCAGCAGCAACCGCAACUACACAGCAUUGGAUCGUCCGCAGCAGCUACAUCAGGUAACAAUAACAAUUUAGGGCGCAGCAGCAGCAGCAGCGGCAACACUACUGGCAUCAGUGGCAAUGGCCUGCUCACAGCACAAGCAGCAACUAAAACUGCGACUGCAGCUACAAACUUGUUGGCCGCUAAUGCAACGGCGAGUAAAAUACUCAAGUUGGCUACCAAUGCCGCGGCACAGGCAGCAGCAGCUGCAGCCGCAGCCAAUGCUGUUGGUACAGUUGAUAUCAUUGCACAGCAGCAGCAACAACAACAUAAGCUGCAAGCAAUCGUUGAUAAAGUACAGUCAAAACAGCAACAAAGUACAGCGACUAAAAUUGCGCUGCCAAAUUUGGUAAACUUAGGCAUUCUCACCCCGGCCACUUCGCCUACGAAACCACCUACGCAGGCAAUGGCAUUUACGCAACAACAACAACAACAUCCAACCCAACAACAAGCACAGCCACCACAUAAUCUUCCUUUGACACCCAUUAGUCCAAGUGGGCCAACAUUAAUCCAACAACAACAGCAAAAAGGCAUUGGGCUAUUGCAUCACCAACAACAGCAACAACAACACAAAAAACCGAAUCAGAUUAUUGGUAGCAUACACUUGACUAAUGUAUCUACAUCGACGUCAACGUCCUCAACUGUAUCGAAUGCCAACAUGAAUAACAACAAUAGCAUCAGCAACACUGCCAAUGGUAUCAGUGGUAAUGGUGUCGCUACUACGGCUGCAGCAACGGUGGGCAGCGGCGUUGUUGCUGGCGCUGGCGCUGCAGGCAUGGCGAACGCUGUUGUUGCUGCUGCUUCUGCUGACGCAGUGGUAGGCGUUGUCAACGACGAAACGUAGCCUAUACUAAAGACAUUACUAAUGCGUCGCGAAUUUAAAUAGAAGAAAAAUAUUUAGUUAUUAUAUAUUUAGAUAACCAAAAAAAAAAACUAAAUUUGCGCAAAGUUAAAGAACAUCUGACCAUUUAUAAUAAAUCGGCUGAGAGAUAGUAUGCCCGCGACAUACCUAAGCGUAUGGCUGUUGCUUGUUAUUAUAGGAAAUAAAUAAUUUCAAACUUACACCCUUUAAAGUAAAUAGAAAAAAAAAAAAUCGUCAGUUCCUUAAAGAAUUAUCGAAAUACUUUUUGAAGCAUUAUGAGCAUUUGGAAGUACCCAGAGAAUUAAAAAUAAGUACAUAUAUUCAUUCGACGCUAUUGCUGAAUCCAUUGUAGAUUUGUUUUUCGAAAAGUAGGCGAAUAUGUUAUCACUGAAUAUGCAUAGCUAUAUGUAGCUUUACUAUGAAAGUAUUUGCGUAGGAUUUUAUAUAACUAUUAUCAGUCCCCUUCCGUUAAAUCCUAGGGUGAUCUCUUUUUUUUUGAGAUAUUCCAAAAUUAAGUUUAGCGAAGUUAUGGCUGACGGUGACCAAGGCUUUUUUACUACUCAACUCAAAACUCGCUUUGGUUAUAUAAAGGCUGCUAUUACGGUACUCACGUCGGCAACGAAGUAACUCAAUAAAAGUGUUCGCUAUGCAAAAAACUUGUACAAGUUGGUACCAAUUGUUACCAAAUCCUGUUCGUUUGGCCAUAAAGCUAGUAAAACUUGCAAGGAGAGAGCACAAUUUUUAUAUUUCAUUUGGAGGGGAAGUUGCAAAUUCGUGCUGGGAAAAUGUUUGCCGGCAAGAGUUUGCAAGCAGGAUUGUGGCACACGCUUGCAUUUCCAGCAAAAAUAAUUUGAAUCAACAAGUUCGUGAAAUUUAAAAAUGUACAAUCUUGCCGCGUUUACUAAUGAUUGAAGUACUAUGUAAGUAUUUGUUUAUUCAAUUAAUAUAAUUAAUUCCAUUGAUUUGAAAGUUACUCGGCAGUCGACACCACUGUCGAUUUAGGAAAUUCGACAGUGACUUCCAUAAAGAAAUUGAAGCGUAUGUUGAAGAUCAGAAUAAGAAGAAACAUGCGUAUGUUUUCCACUUGAAAUAAUAAAAAAAUAUUAUGUACGAAAUGCAACCGUGGAGGCCAGCUGGCAGUGAAGCUUGCAAAUAUCUGCAAAUUCUCUUCAUGUGAGACCAUCGAGUAAACUUUUGAAAAUAGUAGACCAUCUAACCUAACAAAACUACGUUCCCACGCCAUCUUUGUUCGUAAUCCCCUCUAAUUCGUAAUUGGAAAGCCUAUUACUUAAUUCGCCAUACAAUGAGAAUCACGAAGAAAUCACUAGCUUCAACCGAAAUUUAUCGAAUUCCGCUGUCAAGGCAAAAGAGAGGAAAUGAAGGAAAAUUCUAACAUGUUAAUUCGCAUUCAUAAUUGAAAGAGCAAACAACGUAAUUGCCGGUGCUCGUGUGAUUCAUUUAAGUCGAAAAUUCAGUUACUUCGUAGCUAUUCAGUUAUAACAUUUUCGUGGAGUUCAAUCGGGGCCUACAAUGGAGUCAGCAUAGACCCGACUGAUUUGUGUAUAUUGUGAAUGAAAAAAUUGUACCCUACUUCAGUAGCGUAGAUUUUUGGGAAAUAUAUUUUAAUUUAUAUUCCAAA